AUGACGAAAUCAAAAGAAGUUUUCUUCAAAAUAUGGAACCAUCCAGUAACAAAUUACCUAAAAUCGCAGUGGUUCUUCUAUUGUUUGGCUGUCUUUAUUGUCAUUGCCCGAUUUGCACCAGAUUUUGCUAGAGAUGACGGACUGAUCAAAGGUCAAUAUAGUAUCGGAUAUGGUUGUGUUGCAUGGAUCUUCUUGCAAAGUGGACUGAGUAUGAAAACGAAAAGACUGAUGGCCAAUAUGGGAAAUUGGAGAGCUCACUUGGUUAUUCUCGUUAUGAGUUUUCUAAUAACAUCAUCCAUUGCAUAUGGGUUUUGUGUGGCUAUUAAAGUGUCAAAUGAUAAAAAUAUAGAUGAUUGGGUUCUUAUCGGAAUUAUAAUGACUACUACGUGUCCGACAACUGUUGCAUCUAAUGUGAUCAUGACAACAAAUGCGGGAGGUAACGAUCUUCUUUGUGUGUGUGAGGUAUUUAUAGGUAAUCUGUUGGGUGCUUUUAUUACACCAGCAUUGGUUCAGAUGUAUACCGGCAGCUAUCCUUUUCAGUACGGGAAUCCGGCAACAGGAAAUGGUAUUGGUGCAUUAUAUGGCCGUGUUAUGAAACAGGUUGGGUUGUCAGUGUUUGUUCCACUAUUCGUUGGUCAAGUUAUUCAGAAUGUUUUACCCAAGAUAACUCAGGCAUAUCUGGACUUUUUAAAGAAGUAUCAUCUAAAAAUUGGAUCCUACAUGUUGCUUUUAAUCAUGUUUAGUUCAUUCUCAACAGCUUUUCAUCAAAAGGCAUUUACAAGUGUUUCUCAUGUUUGCAUCGUCUUUCUUGUUUUCUUCAAUCUAGGGUGCUAUCUCUUUUUCACAUUAUUAGCCUUCCUGCUGGCAAGACCAUGGUUCAUUAUUAAAAUAUUUCCUGAAGAGCCCAUUUAUGGCGAGUGUUCCAAGCUUUAUUAUUAUAGCUAUAAAAUAUUCAGGCCGUUUUAUUACAGUAAAGAAGAUGCAGUUUGCAUUAUGUUUUGCGCACCAGCUAAGACGGCUGCUUUGGGGGUUUCCCUUAUUACAUCCCAAUUUGGAGAUAAUAAGGAAAAUUUGGGAAAGCUUUUAGUGCCAUUGGUUCUUUAUCAAAGUGAACAAGUACUAGCGGCAAGUAUUUUCGUCAAUCUUUUUAAGAAAUGGAUCGAAAAAGACAAAAUUCAAGAAUCCAAGGAAACUAAUCAUAUGGACUUAGAACGUGGAGAUUACAAGGCAGAAAUUAAAGGACCGGAUAUAAUAGAUUCAAGUCUGCAGUCGUCACUCUCGUCGAAAUAA